UUUUGACACGCCAUUAGCGCCGCUAGGGCCACCUUCAGGGUCGCCUAAGCCUGGCCUGGGUGCUCGCAUUGGAUUGUUAGCGGUGCCUGUGAAUGCUCUCUCACGCCUAAAGAGGCGUCUGCCAGGCACCCACGUCACUCCCGCCGCCCAAACGCAUCUCAAAGAUACUGCAAGUAUCCGGUGCGAAUCCAUCGCAUUCACAAUUCGAACACCGUUACCAUUGUUGCGGGACCAGGCUGCCUUUUCAUCCCGUCAGUCCAGUCACUCUGUUCCUACUCGUAUCCCAAAAUCCAGUACUGUUCGAUGUCUGCAACUGGCCUACCCGGAACUGACCUCAUGGCCUCUUUGUGACUGCAACGUUCCGAGAUGCCCGCUCUACCGCAACGGUGCUACUAUUGAUGGCCACAGCAAUAGCAUUCAAGUUAUUCACUUGGACUAAUUGACAUACAUUCACCGAGUCCUCGAACGAUGGCCUCUUCGGUCGGCUCCAAUGUAUUUGCGCUGCUCGCCUUUUGCACGAUAUCCGUCGCGGUCCUGUUCCUCCUGCGGCACUAUCUUCCUCUGCGGACCACGCCGGCCUUCCUUCUUGUCCCAAUCUUUCUCUCCCUCGUCCUGCCGGCGAGUGCUAUAUUGCUGGUUCCCAUCGAUCUUGCGUCCAGCGCACGAGAAAAUGACCAUGGAGGGAAAGGUAUAUGGCUGCCAGAAAGAGCGGUGCUGGUUUCUUGGAGGAUCGUGUACUGGUUGACCUUUGUCUUAACCUGGGUUGUGCUGCCGCUCCUGGGAGAAUACAUGGAUGCGGGCUACCGCGAUCCAAAAGCACGCAUGAUCUACUCCUUACGAUCCAAUGCCAGGUACCAAAUGAUCGUCCUGGGAUGCGCCAUGGUCGGUCUGAUCUACAUGAUCUUGUCCCACGGCUUCGACUUUACCGCCAUCAGGGCGUUGGUCAUGGCCCUGGCGUACGUCUGGGGGCUGAUCCUGGCCAUCUACCUGAUGGGUCAUGGCCUGGUCGCCCUACCACGAAAGAUGUUUCGAAAAGCAGAUAUCGCCGGCAGCCUGCGACGAGUGCAGGCCCAGGCGCCUAAGGUCCAUGAGAAUCUCGAGGAUGCCAUCCUGGCAUUGGAGGAGCUGGAAGCACAAGUGAUGCAGCUCAAACAACGCAAGACCGGGACCGCGCGGGACUUCCGAGAAUGGAUAGACGAAUUGGUCGAUAUGACAGGACAGCCGGAAAAUCGAGUUUUUGCCAAUCCCACCACUGUCGACGCCUCGGCAAAAGUUCCCGCAGUCAUUACAGAGCGGUAUCUUGCAGAUCUGACCCGAAGGCUCGUUCGAGCGCGCCAUCGGAGAGCACGAUACACUCGCGAAUGGGACAACAUUGUCCAGACGGCCUCAGACUUACAGGCCAUUCUGGACUCCAAGGCAUCAAAGAAACUCGAUUUCGGGAGGCCAUCCUCGUCCGCGUCCCUGUUCGGACGGAUAUCAUUCAUCACCCCAUUCAUGCGCUACCAUCUGUAUGUGCAUGUGAUUCCAGCACUCCGAAUCGCCGUAGGAGGCAUCCUCUCCCUCGCCUCAGUGGCCAUCAUCUGGUCAGAGAUGAUCAAAUUCCCAGCUCCCCAACUCUCCGCCGUCAGCCUGACCGUGAUACACCACCCGAGCGACAAGAACUACCAAAUCGGCCUUGGAGGCCAGCUCCUGGCGUCCAUGUGGAUCACCUACAUGUGUGUCUGCGCCAUCAGCAGCGUCAGCGACGUGCCGACCUGGAACCAGCGCGCCCUAGUGAAGAGAAACACGUAUCCGGAAUCCGCAUGCUGGUAUUCCGGCCAGAUCGCCAAGCUGACGGUCCCGCUGGCCUACAACUUCCUUACAUUUCUGCCCCGCGAUAUCCAUCAGACAUCGACUUUUUACAAUUUCCUCGGUCGACUGAUCAAUUUAACGCCUUUGGGAACGUGGUUCGACUACCUGUUCCCCAUGUUCAUUUUAGUGCCCGUCUGUGCCGCCCUGUUCAAUCUGUAUGGCAAGAUUAAAGACAUUUUGGGCUUCGGGAUUCUCAAAGAUGACGAUGACGACGAUACAAAUCCUUCUGGAUUCGGUACCGGCGGAUGGCGCGAAGGUCGGGACCUCAUCGAGCGCGACCUUCACGGUAACCGCUCUACUACCCUAGGUAUGGCAGACCCGUUGGACAAUAUUGCUCCUCGUGAAGGAGUCGGACCAGGAGGAAGAGCAGCGCCCACUAGAUGGGUUCCGGGUCCUCCUUCAUCGACUGGGGCGACUGGUACGGGCACUACCACAAAUGCUAGUAGUGGUCGCACCAGAGGAGCAAACAACAGCAACAACAAUCAACUUGAUCCGGAGGACGAAGAGGAGAAUUUCUUUACGCUGUUCGGCCGCAGGGUCAAAAACACCUUUGACACCAUCGACACUCCAAAAUGGAUGCAGGGCGGCAGUUCUCGAGGAGGUACAGGUACAGGUACAGGAGGCUCACGCUUCAAACGGCCUAAAUGGAUGGGCGGUGGAGGUGAUGCCACCUCCAGCACCAACACCACCUCUGCAGGCGGCACUGGCUCUUCUUCCAGUCCCAGUCCCAAUAUUCUAGGCUUGUUCGGCGCCCGCUCGUCCAAUGAUGGAAGGAUCAUGAUAUGAGCCUGGUCCUACGAAGCCUAGCAAAGUAGGUAGAUAUUCAAGUGAGCGUUAUCUCGCAAUAAUCAAUACAUGUACAACACCCACGGUGGGAAUUCGAUACCCUAGACCGCAGUGCAGUGGUGGAUCUCCUUUAGUACUAAUAGAGACCUAUAAAAAAGCAAAAAACAGAACAUCAAAUUAGACCAAGACAAUAAUACGUUUUGUCGUCUUCUCCUCUCCUUGA